AUGAGUGCAGCUAAUUUAAAUUUAGAAAGAGACAAGUAUAAAGAUUUGUUGAAGAGUAUAAAAGAUGAAUCUAUGUAACUUGCCAUUAGACAUCAAAGCAAUACAUCAUAAGUUCUGGAGAAAAAGAGGAAAUUAAAAAUGGAAUCGGAGCACACAGGAAAAUUAGCUCUUCCAAGCAUAGAAAACAGUACUUUAGAAGAUAUUUCAUCUCAUUUCCAUCUACGCAGCAGUUAAGCAGGAGAAUUUGUUGAAUUGAUACCAAACAAAUCUCAAUAAAAGUUUAUUUAGCAAAGCUUUCUUAAGUUGCAAAGAAAUAAAAUGUCUUAAACCUAUCGAGAUAUUAGUUUAAGCGAAAAGAAAUUUAAAUCGCUAUAACGUAAAGUUCCACAUCAAGAAACAUAGAGCUUAAAAUAAUUAGAAAAGUAACUGGGAAUAGCAAAAUCAACAGAAAAACAAACAUUACCAACUAUUUAAAGAGUAUACUAAUAAAAAAGAAAAGCCACGGAAGAAAAAAUAGAAGAAGAAUAACCAGCUGUUUCAUUUUUCGAAGAGACUUUAACUUCAUAUUCAUAUGCAGUACCUAGGAGAAGGGAAUCUGCACAAAUAGGAGUCAUCAGAGAUAGACUUUAUGUAUUUGGAGGUAUGAGUGGAGGAGGAAUAACAAAUGAAGUUUGGUGGUUCGAUUUAAAAAAGCAAGAAUGGAGCAAUUAUUGUUCAAAUGUUUAACUAUUUAUAACCAGUCAUUCGAUGGUUGUCUGGAAGUAAUUUUUGGUUUUCUUUGGUGGAUCAGGUUAUUAUGAUCAUAAAAUGAAAAUCAGGCAAGUUUAUUCUACUAUUGGUUUAUUCAAUACUAUAAAUAACCAAUGGACAACUUCAUUAGAAUCAGUGGAACCUAGGAGAGAACACAAAGCAUCAGUCCUCUUCGGAAAACUAAUGGUGAUUACUGGUGGAUUAGAUGCAGCAGAGAAAUUGCUAGACGAUACAUUAUUUUAUUCCUUGGAUUCUAAGAGAUGGACUGGUUAAAAGUUGUUAUUUGAAGAAGGUAUUGCAUAGCAUGCUCAAUGUACAGCAUAUGACAGCAAAAAAAAUAUUGAAACUGUUUAUAUUUUUGGUGGAUAAGCCGCCAAAUUGAAUUCAUUUCCCUUAAUGAAGAUGUUAUUUUAUGGACUACAUCCAGUUGGUUGGGAGAAAGUACAGUAUUCUGGGCAAGCACCAGAAGGCAGAUAUAAUCACACUAUGGAAAAUGUGGGUGAUUAUUUAAUUUUGAUAGGUGGCAGAUCUUAAGAAAAAAUAGAAUAUCAAAAUGAAAUUUUUAUUUUUAAUCUUAAAAACAGCACUUGGAUUAUAGCUUAAAGAUAAGGAUUGUCAACAAAAAGGUGGAGUCAUUCAAGUUGUGUUUAUGGUAGCAACAUUCUAUGUUUCGGAGGAAUAGGUGAAAAUACUUACUUACCCCCUCAUAUUUAUUAAAUAGAGACUGAUAAUUACAAAAUAAGAGGAAAAAUUGGUGUUGUUAAGUAAUUGGCUACAAUAAGUGAAGAAAUCUUUAGCAGCAGGCCUCCUUUGAAUAUCAACAAAGAUUAGGAAUCAGAUUCUAAGAAAGUUUGUAGAUUGGAGAAAUUCAGAAAAACUAGAAAAAUGUAUGAGCAAAUUACAACCUACUUACCUUUGCCAAAAUUGAAAACACCAAGAAUGAGAUACGAUAUCUUAAUUCAUUUUGUUAAAAUCGUAAUGAAAUAAAUUGGAUACAUUUGA